AUGAAGCUCGCCAAGGCCGCGGCCCAGCAGCUCAAGGCCGUUGUCAUUGAGUACGACGUGCUCUGCAGCACCCUAUUGGGCAAAUCUGCAGCCGAGCAGGCGGAGCAGCAGCGCCAAAAGAUUGCUCUGGCAAAGAACCAGCAGCGAAACUCGCUGUUCAAUGAAUAUGUGAUCAAAACGCUGCUCGUGAGUGACGUGCGGGAACUACUCAAGCGCCUGGACAAGGACGCAACGGGAAAGCCUUGGGCAGUAAAAGAGAGACUGCAGAACACGCUGAAAGGAUUGCCGAGUGAAUUUUUGGAGCGAGCGAUGAGCUCAAGGGACACGGAUAUGGUCGCUGGAAGCACAAACAGUGAUGAUAAUCUUGUAGACGAGCAGUUGAAGAAGGCGCUGGAUGACAUGACGAGACAGAAGGACUUGAACGACGAUAAGAAAGAGAAUGGUGACCAGUGGAAGAGUAGUAACAGCUGGGGAGUCGAGACUGACAGUCCAACCAGCUCGUUGAGAGACAAGUACUUGGACAAGAUCAAUCGGCUUAAAGAGAAGAAGAGGAAAAGUCAGGAUAACACAGAACAAUCAAGAGUAAAUGUGACAGGACCGGGGGAUGGUGGGGGAAACAUUACGUCGGCUGGUCUCUCCACUUGGAUCGUGAAUCCAGGGACUAAUGAAGUUCUCAGCUACUCGGACCUGCGAGGAUUGCUUAAAGCGGUGAUUCCAGCCAGAGAUCCGCUGCAGGAUGACGAGUACAACUUUUUUCUGAAAGAGAUGGAUGGCCAGUUUGAUAUGUUUCUGUCGAAGGAAGACCAAGCAAAGUUUCCGGAUCCGAAACCAAUCCUUUCCAUUUGCGCAAAGUUUGAUGUGGAGCCGUCAAACGUCCUAGUGCUCGCUCGUCAUGCGACCACUAUAAAAGCCGCCAAAAAUGCCGGAGCACACGUGUGCCAUUACAUGCCCGGAGACAAGGCGAUCCCGAACCACACGGCACACUACCAUUUGACACACUUAAGUGAUUAUCAGCACCUCAUUGAAGACUUUAACGGCAUCUCAUACCGCGACAAGAUCACAAUCGGCUCUAUUGAGUUUUAG